AAUUUAUUGGACACCUAAGUUUCCUGUCAAAACAAAGUCGCAAUGUCGUCAACAAGCACCUCCCCCAUCCCCUUCCGCCCCCGGCCCAAAACCAACCGCGUGGUCAUGUGGGAGGGCAAGGUCGGGCAGGUGGUGACGCGCGAGAUCCCCUUCCCCCGCAUCGAGGAGCCCGAGGACGUGAUUGUGCGCAUCACGACGUCGGCCCUCUGCGGCACGGAUCUGCACGUGUACCGCGGCUUCAUGGGCAGCCCAAACGUCCCCUACUCGCUGGGCCACGAGGGCAUGGGCGUGGUGCACGAGAUCGGUCCCGCCGUCGACAGCUUCAAGGUCGGCGACCGCGUCAUCAUCGCCUUCCCGUCGGACAGGCCCAUCCCGACAAAGAACAGCACCGUCCUGCAGCUGGCCGGGUUCGGGCUCGGAUCACUGUUUGGCGACCUCCAGGGCUUGCAGGCCGAGUACGUGCGCGUGCCGUUUGCUGACAGCUCGCUCGUCGGCAUCCCCAAGACGCUGCCAGACAAGGAAUGGCUGUGCACGGGCGACAUCUUCAGCACGGCUUGGCAGGGCCUGACAUGGUCAGGCUUCGAGGCGGGCGACUCGGUGGCCGUUUUCGGCGCGGGGCCCGUCGGGCUGCUGUGCGCCUAUAGCGCCGUAAUCCGGGGCGCGUCGGCCGUCUACGUGGUCGACCACAUCCGGCAGCGGCUCGACAAGGCCGAGAGCAUCGGGCCGGCCGUCAGGGCCAUCGACUUCACCAAGCCCGGCCACAGGGCGAGCGAGCAGAUCCUGGCGCUGAGCCCGGGCGGCGUCAACCGCGCCGUCGACUGCGUGGGUGAGGAGGCGCUCAACGAGAAGCUCGAGCGCCAGCAGGACUACAUCCUACGCGAGUGCGUCCACGUCACGGCCGUCGGCGGCGGCAUCGGCGUGCCGGGAGCGACAACCGUGGUGCCCAAGUCGGAGGGCGCGCCGCUCGCCGACGAGAUCGCGCCCGAGAUCGCCUUCCCCAUCGCCCAGUUCUGGACCCGCGGCCUGAGCAUGAAGGCGUCGUUCGUAGACCCUGUGGUCACGAUGCCAAUGCUGCUGCGCCUGAUCGAGAGCGGACGCGCCAAGCCGGGCUUCAUCGUCGACGAGCCUGCGCACGACCUGUCGGACGCGCCGCGCCAGUACGAGCGGUUCAACAGGGGCGAGGUCAUCAAGGUGCUGUUCAAGGGGGCGCCCCGCCCUGAAGAGUGGGAGGAGGAGGAGUGGGAGAGGGACGCGGGGGAGGCCAAUGGCCAUGGGGCCCAGAACGGGGUUUGAGGCAUGAUCGGUGACUGGUUGUUUUCGCAUGG